GAAGUUAUUCUUUGUAUGUGCUCGUCAAUUCUUCUAUACGAAAAAUUGUUCAUUUUUCGAAAGGUUUAAGACAAAAAAGCGUUUAAUCACAAUGGUAAAAUGUUGAGGCCUAUCACUCAGCCACGGACAAUUGCAUUUCAUUUUAAACGAGAAAAAAUAUGUUGAAAAAUGGAAAAAUCCAAUUAUUCCGACAUCAGUUUUUGUUCCUAUUCAAGUGCUCGCAAGUGUACGUACAUCUGUGUGUAUAUAACAAGCGAAAUUAACAGUUAUUCGUGGACGCAAAGAAAGGGUUGCCAUCAAAUAAUGCAAGAUAUACCCUAAGUAUGAAAUAUUUUCAUUGACUUAUGGUAUAUUUACAUUCCCAUACAUGGGAGCAAAUGUACAUACAUACAUACUUAUGUUACUUGUGCAUUUAUGAGUAGAUAUUCGUUUAGUUUUAUAAUAAAAGAUUUAGCAUAAAAGAUAAAGAAUAUGUUCAGCAACCACGGAUUAAUAGUACUUAUGCUGUUAUGUGCAUCUGUAUGUAUUAAAAAAUUGUUGAAUAAUAUCUAAAUGUUCAUCUGUAAAAAGGUGCAAAAUUUAAUCCCAAACGAUAGUAUAUUUUAAGAAGAAUUUAUUUUUCAAUUUAAAUAUUAACAAAUACACACCAAUAAUAAUUGGAAGUGAUGUGGUUUUCUUAAUCUGUGGCUAUGCGCAAUAUAUGCAUUUAUCUAAAUACAAUUAAAAUCCCGCAUAAAUUAUUUGCUUUGUGAAACUACUACACAUGAAAAAAUGCAUGGCAAUCAUGGUGCCAUCUCAUUUCGCUCAUCAUGGCUUGCUUUGUCUUCAUCUGAAAUCAGUCGGGAAAUUUCGUGCUUCAACAGACAAAAUAACUAAAAUUGUUAAAUAAAUAAGGAAUUGAUUAAUACGAACGCAAAUGUUGGUAAAAGUGAAAAGUGGGAAUGUGAUAAAACUCAUUGAUAUAAACACAGAUACCAGAGCGAAAGAUGUGCUUGAUUUCAUUUGUUCAAAAUUCGGCAUUGCGUACAAUAUCACAAUAAAAUUUCUGGACCGGGAUAAAGUUCCAAUAGAGGAAGACCAAAUAGUAUCUACAAUUAAGCAGUUUGGAAGUUUUUCCUGUUUUUUGCUAGAAAUUUUAGACAAAGGUGACGUUUUGAAAGAUACUAUUGGAAGCUGUUUAAUACCAGAGUGGUUUAUUGAAAUCAAACCGUUUUUACUUCUCCUACGACUACUACCUUCAUUUACACAACGCUCAAAGGAAAAUAAACAACAACGACUAAACUUCGAAUCAACCAUCAAUAAAUUUAUAAAUUUUCAAAAUAUAAAUACACCCAUAGACGACUUCGAAUUAAACAGCAAGCAGCCCACAAUCGUAGCAUCUGGAAAAAGUAAGGAGGUAAGUAAGGAGGAAAUUGUUCAGUAUUUUAUUUUAAUUGACGGUAAAGCUUUACAUGUGCCUAUAACAUAUACUUUCAUUGAGGUAUUUCAUUUAUAUUUUAAGUCAUUUUAUGUAUUCCAUAUAGAAUUCGAUCCAGCAUUGUCAAACUUUUUAAAAUUUUUUUCUAAGUUCAUUUACAAAGUUGAACCGAAUGUAAAGUGUUCUAAUCGAGUUCUUGAGAUCUAUCUGAAAUUCAAAAGCAAAAUUGAUGCUGAACGAUCAGUAAUUUAAAAAAUGGGAUAAUUUUGUUUUAUAUGUAAGAAACUCGGUAGGGAGAAAAAGUUUUAUAAAUAGUACUAAUCUAAAUGAAAAUGUAAAAUUUUGUCUAUCAAAGGUUUUACCAGAAUACGAAACAUGUAACAUAUAUUCUUCAACUUGGGUUGAAUAUAAAUACGGAUAUCGUUAUAGAACUGACUUUAUGCUUUAUUUGAAACGAGAAAAAGAAACGCUUAUAUUUGCACAAAUAAAAGAUAUUUAUAUUACUAACAAUAAUAUAUUAUUUUAUGUUCAAUAUUAUACUACCACAACUUUUAAUGAUGUUCUUAAUAUUUACGAGGUGUCUCCUUCGAAAAAUAAGGAGGUAAUCCCCUUUGACAACCUGAAAUUUAAAAAGCCUUAUGAUUGCUAUCAUAUUAAUUCUAAUAUAUACAUAAUAAUAACGGAUGUAAUUUUUAUCUAAAUAGUAUAUGUAAA